AUGACUCAAUCUUACUCCGAAAUAUCCGUUGGUUCCAAUGAAUCUAUUAAAGAUACUGAUAUUUUUACCGUUCCAUUUCAAAAAACAUCGAACACGAGUAGCAGCAGGCCUAAAAAUUUAGAUCUUCAAAGUGAUCCAAAAAUUCUUGAAUUUUUACAUAAAGAUGGAACGGUGGAACGUGAUGGAGAUAUGGUUAUGUUUUUUUCAGAAGAUUUAGAAAAUAAAAUAAAAUUAUCUAGUCCUAUAUCUAAAGUUGAAAGUUCUUUAGGAUCAGGGGAAGGAAGCAUAAAAAGUCCUUCAUCUUGUCUAUAUAGGCAAACGCUAGAACCUAAUUUACCACCUUUAGAUCCUACAGUAUUAAACGAGUUGGAAGCAGAUGCUAGAAGAAUAGCGACAGCUGUCGAUUCUUUAACAGAAAACCUUGCAGGUUUGUUACAUUCGAUCUCUGCUUUGACUGUCGAAUGUUUGGAAACAUACAGAGAUGCCUAUUCGUCUGUUAUCAAAUGA